CGCAUUCCAAAACAGCUUGAAGGGGGCUGGGAGCGUGCAGAUUUUCGUGUUAGUGAUAUUUCCAACUCUUUAGAGCUUUAAGUAAAGAACCUGUUGUUUAUAUUUUCCACUCUUGGUGGCACUUACGGUCAUUGAAACCAUCUGGAGCAAACGGUAUCGUCAAAAGACACUACGGAAGCCACGGUAAGCGAUUUCACACAGUGGUCUUAUUCAAAUCAUUCAGAAUGAUGCCUCCUACACUUGACUUGCUUCGUUGAAUACUUGCAGGAAGGGCGUUCAUUGAACAUUUUUGGAUUGUUUAAGAAAUCGCUCACAGUGGAACAUGAUAAAUCUUAGAAAAGCUGGUUGGAUUGGUAAGAAACUUACAUUAAACCUCAGAGUAUAAAAGUUCACAUUGCUCUUGUAGCUAUACGUUCAGCGUGAAAUUCUUCAUUAGAACACGAAAUUUAUUAUUUAAGAAAAAGCAUAACUUUCUUACUGAUAAAACUUUCUCUAAAUUUGAACUUGUUCUCGUUUUUAUCUUCAUUUCUUACCUAGAGUUCUUUCCCAACUUUGAUCUCUCUAAGUAUACUGUCAAUAGUGGUCACAUUUUAGCUACAUAAAUGUAAGACCUAGUUAAUGUACACUCGUACAAUUAAUUUUGUCUUAAAUACAAAAUCUUUUUUGAAUGGAUCGUACAGAAAUAUACUUACUUAUACUUGAGCACAGUUAAUAUGAGAAAUGUGAGGGGAUAAAUUUUAUUCAUUUUAAGUUGUAUUUUCAUGAGCAAGUUCUCCAAAAAAAGUCUUGUGGCAAAACGUGAAAAUUUUUAGACUUAAGAUCACCUCAUAUAACCUCACAGUAUCCAUAAUCCUGCAAAAAGUGAUAUCCUUCAUUAAGGAUAUUGCAUUCGCACAUGCUCAUCUAAUAUCUUUUUUACAGGUGUUCUGUUGAUGUGCAUGCAAUUAUGUGUAGCAGUCAAUAUCACUGUUGAUGCUACAGUUGGAAUAUUUCUUCAAAAAGAACUUCUUUUCCAAGGUUUUAGUUCAAGUCCUUGUAAGUGUUCACAAUUUCAUGGUAGAAUGAUGGUAAAAUUUUUUUUCAGGUCUGAGGAAAAGUAAGAUUAUUGUCACAAAAUCGAUGUGAUGUAUUUAACUUUAGUACGCUAUACUUGUAUGUUGCUUGAGAUAAAAAGUAGAGCUUUUUGUUGAUUACUACAAAAUGCAAUUAUUAUCCAUCUUGACUCUAUCAUUAAUAAUUUUGUUCACAUUUAUGUACAAAAGAGUUUACAAGCUCAGUCCUUCAAACUAUAAUUUAGCUAAUUGGUUCAAUGUUUUGGGUUGACUAAGGAAUAGUGGCAGUCUAGUGAAAACCCUUAAAUACUCUGUGCUUGAGAGGGGUACUCUUGGACAGUUGCCUUUGGUGUUUUUUCACAGGGCAAUGACCACUCUACAGAAAUGGUCCAUUUAGUCCAAUUACAAAAUUAUUGAUAUAGUUUUCCUUAGAUUUUUCACACUUUCCAUUACGUGAUGUCACUUCAAUUGACAGCUCUCUUAUGGUGUUGAAUCACUUGAUUUUACACUGAUUAUUUUUUUUAUAUAAUUUUUAUAGAGUAUCAUCCUGUUAACUGGCAGUGUUGGUCUCAGUAUUACUGCUGUAUGACUUCUAUUCUGGUAUAACCAGAAAAGGGGCGCUGUGAGAAAUGUUGACUCUACCAAACACUUUGUCACUGUGGUCUUGGCUGAAACUAGGAUUUCCAUUUCAAAGUCUAGCACAUAAAUUAGUUAAUUAUCAAGUUUUCAAACAAGUUCACAGAAUAGAACAAUGAUGCUUUUUCAUAAAGAAACCCUAAACUGUCCACUAAAAAAACAACUGAUAUUGUGUAAGGACUCCUAACAAAAAUGAGAAAAUGACCAAGUUGUUCGUUAUAAAGUGGAUAACAGUAAAUCCUCCUGUUGCUGUACUGAAUUUUCUGACUAAAUUUUGACAACUUGAACUAUUCUUUAAUCAGACAUGGAGAAUACUCUCUCAUAACAUGAUACUGUUUUUCUGUUUCUACAGUUCUUCAGGAGUCAACCCUGAAUGACAUUGAUUUAUUGUUUGAACAUCUUCUUUCAACUAAAGUAAUACUCAUAGUUAGAUGAACUGAUUGAUGAUCAUCUUUUACUUACAGCUGAUCCUGUAAAGUUUAUAGCUUCCAAAUCAGGAUCUCCUGACCUUCCCACUUGGUUACGCCUUGAACAGCGUGAGCCUUCAGACAGAGCAUUUAUCUAUGGUACUCCUGGGCGUGAUGUGUCCAUUCAAGUUGUUUUGGAGGUAAGACAAUUUCAGUAGUUAGAGUGAAAAAGAAUGUGUGGUGUUUUUAUUGUCAAGAUUGAGUUUGUUAGAUUACCUUUUACUCUAACAAGCCCCUCUUUCCAAAGAGCCCUUGGUCACCCAACAUGUGCCCUGUAACACACCCCUUACUGUCCCCUCUCUCCACUCAUAAGUUAAUGUGCUCUUCUCUCUCAGGAAUUUCUUGCCUGGAGGUCUUGAAAAUGUGUAAGUUAUUCUGGGGAGUGGAGUUGGAGAGUUUGGCUCUGAGCAUUAAAUUUAUGGGACUUUGAUUUUAAAUUUUCUUCCUAUAACUAGGGUCAUUGUUCCAUUGAAAAUUUAUAAUUAUAUUAUUGUUAUUUGCACUAAUAAUUGUUGGUGACCUGCAAGGGUGAUCAUUACGUAGUUCGUAUGUUAACACUGACAUUUAUUUUUUACCACUUUUCCUUUAGGUUACUGCAUGGAAUAAAACAGACUACACAACCAAAAGACAAGAUGUUGUUAUUAACAUUGAUAAAUCAAAAGGUUUGCACUACUUAUGCCACUUUCAAAUUAAAAUUUACUUAUUAUAAUGACUAAGUGUAGAACAAUAAGGAUUAGUAGUUUGGAUGCUCUACCAUUUAGCUAUAGGAGAUUUGUGGCAAGCUAGGCAGUUUGACUAGGUCUAUGGGGACAAACUACCUGCAUACUGCUAAGAUAGGAAUGAAGCUCUUUGAGUAAAAAACUUAACCUACAUAUCAAGAAACAAAUUCUCGCAACCCUAAAUGAUUUAAAUACAGAGCCUUUCUUAACACUCAAAGGCUAAUCAUUGUAAUCUAUGAAUUUAAAUUACAGAUAUUCCACGUUACCAGGCAGAGUUUCUUGUAAAAAACAGCAGUAUUGAUGAAUUCCUGGAGAGAAAGGAAAGUGUAAACUUUGUGGAAAAGGUGAAGCAGAUUUGGCAGCCACAACCUGGUGGAGUGAAAGUUACAGCUGUGGAGUCAAAACUGGACAGAAAAGGCAGGGUGCCAAUUCCACCACAGAAAGAGGGGUAGGACUUUUAGGAAAUGGCCAUCCAAAAAUAAAAUAUUUAGGAGUCUUCAUUUGGGAAUAUAAAAAAAGGAGCAAGAGAAUAGCCUGAAGGUACAGGAGAAUAAUCUUUGUGUCUGAAUGAAAAAUAGUGCCAUGGAUCAAAAUUUAGCCUGAAAUUUCGUGUAAUGGAGAGAGAAUUCUCUGACUUAUUCAGUUUUUUCUAGAUAAAUCUGGAUAAAAUUUGAAUGCCACAGCUAUGAGCAUCAUAUAAAUUGAAAAAUUUGAUAACCUGGUUCUAUUCUACCAAAUGAAAAUAAUGUUUGUUAGAUUUAGAGAGUAAACAUGGAAAGAAUUCUGAAUUUUUUGUUAUGGAGAAAUAAAAUGGUAUGAGACCAAAAUGAAAUUUUUUGUGACCUAUUCAAAUUUUAAUCAGAAUAUACACUCAUAGAAAAAAAUAACUGUCUUGUUUGCAGAGUCUAUAUCACAGUUGGGGGUGCAUCAACUUAUGAAGUGCUUAAACAAGAAUACAGAGGCUGUGCAGGUUUACGGGAUUCAUCCAACAGCAAGUUCCCACCCUUUGAAAUUGACUGGUGUGAAUUUAAAUUGGUGAGGUUUGAUACUUUUUUUGACCAAAAUUUAUUGUUUAGUAAAAGAUUUCCAUUCUAUUCACAUGCUCUAGAACAUUGAAAAUUAUAAGAAACUUCAAGUGAGAAAUUCCCUAGUGCAAAACUGAGAUUUUCUUUUAAUUGAAGGCUUGUGAGAAAUGAAACAAAACACUCCUACAAUUGUAUUUCCUUACAGAUGGAUAAGGAUGACACAGCUGUUGUUGUCAGUAAUACCACCACAACAGAGGUCAGCGGAGAAGGAUUUGAUGAAUCAACAUAUGUGGCACCUGUGUUUGACUCUUCUAUCAGGGACUUUGGAAGUGAUUUUCUCCUUUUACUAAUCUUGCCUCUUGCCGUUGUUGUUAUCAUAGCAAUCAUUCUAGCCAUCAUCAUGUUUUGCUUUCGUGAAGGAAGGUGAGCUUAAGUUUGGGUAGCCACAAUGAUUUCUGUUACUUGACUGUAUUAGAGUCUUUUCUUAUCAUUUUUCAUGAGAAAAAACCUUUGUUGUUGUAUCCAAGCAGUUUAAUCCAUUUCCAAAACCAUUACAUCUCCAAAGUAAAAAAAAACACAUGCUGGAACAUCCUGAUAACCAAAAAAAAGUUUUUGUAUUUUGUUCAUGUAAAAAACUCAGUGUCCUGUUCAGGAAACAAUAAUUAAAGUAAUGUUCUGCAGUGGUAAAAUAAGUGAUCACAACAGAAAGUCAGCACAGAGAAAAAUGCCACCAGGAGUGAAUGAGAACUCAAAGUAAAAACACGCAAACUUGUUAAAGCUAAGGAAAAGGCUCUUAGUGACCAAGUUGCAAGGGGUUUUAGUUUUGAACCUGAUUUGUUGAGAAGGAGACUGAAGUCUACUGGACCAAUCACAGAGCAAAGUUAAGCAAAACCAAUUUGAUACAAUCCUGAAUUUACUUUCAGCAUUCAGUAUAAAAUUGCUCUAUUAUUUUGGAUGAUUUUGUAAACUUUAGUUCGAUAUGAUUCACAAUACCUUAAGUCUUAUUCAUUUUUCAUGUUGAAGAGAAUUUUCUUUCACCUACAUAUGGUACAGGCCAUUGUUUGCUAUUCACAAGAAAGGCCAAGUUUUUUCUCUUAUACAAUAAAUUUCAUACUUAAAUGUUUUAUUAAAUGGUAAAUUUUAAAUUGCCACUUUGUUAGCUACAUUUUAUUUUCAUCAUUAUUUUUUAGGCCAAAGAGGGAUUCUGAAACUCCAAGGUUUGUGUUAAAGUGAUUUUUGACCAAUUAAGGUGUUGCUGUGUCAUUAUCAAAUGUACAUUGAAAUAUAAGUUAUAAAUGAAAGCUAUAAAACAGUGUACCAUGAAAAAUAAUCAAGUAAUGUCACCUUAUAAGCAGAUGAUUUUAGAUUACAGUACUGUUGUAUCCAUCUUUGCCUCUCAUUCCUUUUUCCAUCUGGUUUAAGUGAUACCUUACUCAAUAUUUAACACAACCAUGUACAGCUUGAAUUGCGAUUUGUCAUAUUUCGUGACAAUGCCAUCCAUAGAUAUGAGAAAAAUUACUCAUCUGACAAUGUUCUUUCUCACUUACACCACUGACUCAGCUACAAUUAUGACACAUUUUCAUUUCCUUUGUUUCUCCAUCCUUGGUAGUCUGUUUUUACUUAAAGUGUUAAGCUAUGAAACAUGUACAUCGCAACAUCCACUCACAAUCCAGAUCAGACAUUCUUUAAAAGUUUGUUAGAAAUGACUCAGGGCUAAGGGUAAAUUUUACAAUAAUUUUAAAAUGUGUUUCUUUGCAGACCACAGCUGUCUCAUCAUGACUCCAUUCUGAGAGCAACUUUCCGUUUGAGACAGUUGUCCCAUCAAAAUGGUGAUGCUGUAAAUGACGGUUCAGAUCAUGUUCCACAGCCCAAGGAGACAUCCACACCUUACAAGCAGUAAGUGAAGCUUUAAUUUGUUGGUUAUCAUGAAUCAGAAUAACACCAUUGCUUUUUGCUCCAUCAGAUUUAUUAACUUUACUUUAGGAGAGGUCUGGAAUUGCAGGUCAACAUCUGUAAAGUUUAAGGCUGUUAUCAUGUAUGCUACAUUGUUUAGUCAGAUUACAGGUGUAAACAUGCCCAGGAUUAUGGAAUAAUUUCAUGCAUCUUAACCUGUCCUUUGUAAGUUAAGCAUUCAGUUCCACUUAAAACUUAUUGGCAACCCUGUAAGGCUCUCCAUGUUUCCUCUUCAGGAAACCCCCUCCGGGUCAGCGUGAAUAUGAACCAGAACCAGAACCACCCAUGGGAGCACCUCCUCCUUACCGCCUUCCACCACAGCCAGGUGUUAGUGUGUCAGCACCUAAUGGGAACAACCAAUAUUACCCAGGCUCUGCUCAAGGUGACUGAAGGUGGCUUUGUGAGUAAGAUUUUUGAUUUGAUAAGUCUGAGAACAGAGGAGUGGAAAACAGGUUGGACAGCCCAGUUCCUGCAGGAAGAGCAAAUUCUGAUUACAGCUAAGAAAAUUGUUUUUAAUAGCAAAUUUGUCAGUUGUAAGGCGUAAACCAGUGGUUUUUGUUUUAAAAGACAUUUCUACUUUUAAAUUUAAAAUAGGCUGAAAUCAUAUGAUCUGCUGAAACAUGAAAGUUUCACUUACAUUCUAUGAAUAUUCCCGAGUUUUUAGUUGUGAUAAACAGAAUAAUUUCAUCAAGUUUUGCAAAAAUUCAUUUCAGAAAAUCAUUCUGACUAAUCAUAAUUUCAUUUAGUGUAUAUUGUAGGACAGUGAAUCACUGUCAGAAUAAUUUUCCAGACAUGGGACUUGCAUUAGUUAAUCUUCACUCACAUGUUGUUGGAAUUUUUUUAAAUGGAUGUCAUACAUAUUUGAACCUUAUUUGAGUUGAUCAUUCACCAACAGAAAGUGUUCUAUUUAUUGUUUCAACUCCUGUGUAUGAAAUCACCUUGUAAUUGGAAAUUACUUAAUGAUUUAUAUUUGAAUUUUAACCUGAAUCCAUCCACAAUCAUGUUUUCAACUUGGUCAGAGAAUACAUCCAUGUUAGACUAAGAGCUACAUUGUGUUGUUGAGUUCAUCUCAUGCUAUAGUAUAGUUUUUAUUUCCUUUCAUUCACCCCAGUUUUCUAAUGAGUAAUUUUCUGGUAAAGUACUUGAAAAAAGAAACAAUGAUAAGGAGAUUGAAUAAAGAAUGAACCCAUAGAAAAUUGGGCACUAAGUUCUUGAUCUCAGGCCAUUUUAUUGGACUGGUUUUAAGCAAAACCUCUACAUUUUCAAGAAGCCAGAGAGAAUGAUGAUGUCCUCUCUAGGCUAAAGUUAUUUAAUGUCUCCAGGAAAAAAAUUUUAACUUGUCUUAUGUAUACCAUGCCCAAAAUAGGAAUCAUUUUUCUAGUUUUUUUCCUUGUCUUAUGGCAAAGUAGUUUGAAUCAGUUCUAACAUAAUUGUUGAUCACAAAGUUCACUUCAAGUUAUCAUUGUUUUUCAUUCAUGGUGUUCUCCUGUUUUCCACUCUCAUUGCUCAGGCCAAUGCAUAACACAACACAGCUCAUUUACAUUAACUACUACAAUUUAACAACCAGAACUAACACUUUUGUUCUUAAUCCUUUACAUCCUAACAACAGUGUCCAUAGACUCCAUACUCUCCUCUAUAUAGAACCUAUCAAUCGGUAUUUUACUCUCCUGACAAGGAGAGUUCAUUUAUCAGUCAAUUGAAAGCUUCUUAAGUUGGCAAACAUUUUUUUUCUUAUUCUCAUGAUCUUAAUGAAAGAUUCAGUGGUAUUACUAAGAGGAGGAAGCACAUCAGUGGUAUUACUAAGAGGAGGAUGCACAUGCUGGUCAUUCUUAGAGUUUAAAGGGUUAACUAAUAAUAAUUAGUCGUCCACAAUUAUUAAUUGUCACUCAUUUGCCAUACAUCAGAACCUGACAGUGAUGAAUUAUACUGUGCAGUUUACAUUGAUUGUCUUCCUUCCGUCUCCAUUAAGUUUGGUGUAUACACUUGAUUGCAGAAAAAGUUGACAUCCUUGAUACUUUUAUCAUGGGCAGUGAGGCCUAAUGCACCAAUCAAUUUAAGAUUUCAACAUCCUCUUCCUCCCCCCUCAGCAACCCAUGGGCACUUGACUGUUAUUGGUGCCUGAGGAUGAGAAGAAUUUGAACCUUGCCUGCUACAGUGGGUGACUGGUAGUGUCAACUCUUUUCAGUAGAUCCAGCACUUAGAUGGGGUAUUUGCCAUGGGGGGCAGAAUGUUAAUAAACCAAUCUUCAAAAGUUCAAACACCUACCCUCAAAUAUCCCCUGCCCCUUGGCAGGGGGAUGUUGAAGCAUCAAAUUCUUGUUGGAUGAAUAUCAGAAAGACAAUUUUAUGAUAACCACAACACUUGCACUCAGUGAAUGAUAGAAACUGUCUAAGCAUUUUGGAAAUGAAAGAACUUUCAAAAAGAAUUUUUUCACUCUAAACAAGGACUAAAAUGAAUCACUGAUUCAGUAAAUAUACAUAAACUGCCCAUAUAGUCUAUGGGUGUCAUAAUUUGUGGUUCAAGCUCUUUAGGUGUUAAGGCCUUUGCAAUCAAGUGUCUACGUUCUAAUUGUUAUUCUAAGAAAAAAUAAUGGAUUUUAAGCUCAGCAACACACUAAACAUGUCUAUUCUCCAAACUAGAUAUCAAAUUAAAAGCUGUCCAUGUAUAAAAAUUCAUUUUAUGUCCAACAUGUUUCAGUUUUAUCCAUAGGGUUAUUUAUUUGUUAUUUUUGUUACAAUAUUUGGUAAUUAAAUAUUUAUUAUCUUCAUUUUCAGAUGUGUCAAGGCAUGAGAGGCCACCUCCAUUUAUGAGCAGUGGAAAUGUACACUGAUCAUGAAACCUUUUUGAGAAAAAUUAAUUUGGUUAAUUAAUGGCUCAAACUUUGUUAAUAUUGUGUAUUUGUUAGCUUUUUUAUACCUUUUGUAAUGAUGGAAAUUUUGAGGUAAAUUCAGAGUAAACAUUUAAAAGACUUGGAAAAGCACAGUGACUGAAGAUGGGUUGAUGGAUGUUUAAUGGACUGUAGUGUACUGUUGCCAUUGUAAAGUUGGUGUUUUGGUUUUUUUAAUAUGUCAGUCUGUCUUGUUUUCAGGGUGAUGUAGUUCAUCUCUUCUGUAUGAAGUAACUUUGCUAACCUGAAAGUGUUUAUUUGAUAUGAAACAAGGGUAUCUUGUUAGUUUGGUGUGUUAGUUUAUAAUAAACAGCUUAUGUUUGUAUCUUCUGGGGUCUCUAUUUCUUUUCUUCAGGUAAUGCCAAGUGGCUCAUCCUGCCAGACCUUAUUCUAAUCUCUGUGGCUUAAAGGGACUAGAAGUAUUGCUAUCCAUUAACACUUUGAAAUACCUUGAUAGGUAGAAAGUCUCAUGCAUAUGGAACAAUUUGAAAUAUAAUAUGUGGGAAAAUCAUGCAAAGUUAAAUGACAUUGAUUCAAAACGUUCUUGAGUCAUUCCAUUCAUGGUCAUAAUAAUUUGCAUCCUCAAGUAACAGACUUCAUGCAUGUUUGUGGCUUUGUCUUUUUUUCCCUUCAAAGAAUUUUUUUCAUCUCCCCAAUUUAAAGUGGAUACCAACAAUUUGUACAGCAAAUUUAUGCCAUAAAAAAUGUGGGUCACUGUGCUCUUGUAAGAAAGGCC